AUGUCGGCCGUCCGUGCAAAGUCCCCAGUCCCCGUCCCCCGGGUUUUCGCCCAUGAUGCGACUGGGGAAAGCGGGGUUGGAGCCGCUUUCAUGCUGCUGGAGUUUGUCCCGGGGGACACUGCCAUGGACUCGUUCGUGGAUGGGAGACUCACAAAGGCCAAACGCCUGCUCAGUUCGAGGACAAGUUCUAUGCAGCGCUCGCUGAGAUUCAACUGGAGAUGGCAUCGAUACGCUUCCCCAAAGAUCGGUGCCAUCGUUCUUCGGGACGGGGAGUUCGAUGCCUGGGCCAAUACCGCCAAGUUCUUCUAUAAAGAGGCAACAAUUCGAAAACGCACGCCACCAGACCUUGUGGACGAGGUGCUCGCCACAAUCUCGUCGUUUCCCUCCAAAGUGCGCGAGCUGGCUGGCCGGUUUCAGUUUCACAACGGCCCUCCCCCUCUCAUCUACACCGACCUCUACAGCAGCAAUGUCAUCAUUGACACCGAUUACAAUGUCUUGUCUGUGAUCGACUGGGAAAACGCAUUUGUGGGCCCCUGGGAGUUGGUCGAGUUUAACAAAAUGCUGUCCAUGGUCCCUCCCGAAAUGGAUGGCCCGUUGUUUCAAUAG